CCUGCCGGAAGCUUAGGCCGUGUUGAUAAGAUAGCGCUAAACAAAACCCCUGCUCUGCCUUAUUUCGUUGGACGUCAUGCUUCCUUGCGGCCAAAGACAAACAAGUGACACUUCUUAGCGGUGUCAACGACGGCGCACCUGUUGCCUGAGCGCGUCGUGUGUGUCAUUUGUCAAAUGGACCGGAUUUCCAUCUCCUCCCUCUUCCAUCCGGUAACAACUUCGCGCCUUAAGGCCCCCCAACCAGAAGAGCUCUGUCACCAUGAGCGGGCUCCCCGAAUAUCUCGUCGAGCACGAGCCGAGCUUUAGAAAAGCCCGGCUCCCAGCCCUGUAUUCGGACUUCCGGCCCCAGCGCACCCUCAACCCGGACGGGUACCAGGCCAACAUAUCGGCGUGGCGACGAGUCCUGGCGAGCAUCGCGCGAUCGGGCCUCGCGCCCCGGCCGCCCAAAUCCGCGACGGCGAACCUCCUGGUCCUGGACUGCGACGACCGGCUCCUCGGCGCGCUCGAGAGCAAGCAGUACGGCCGGCCGCUGGCGCUCGGCGCCGUGGUGGCGGACGCGCUCGCGGAGCGGGAGCUGAUGCCGCUACGCGACUUCCUCGCCGCCAGGGAGAGCAUCUACCGCCGCCCGGCGGCGUGGGGCGUCAGCCCGUGGGCCGUCGCGUCGUGGGUGUUUCGGCAGCUCGGCGUCACCGACGCCCUGCGCGGGGGCGCGGAUCGGUUGCCGAAGGCCCAGCUCGUGGUGCUUGCCAACGUCGAGGCGGCCGCCAAGGCGUUUGGUGACAAGGUCGCCGGCCAUACCUCGAGAUUCGAGCGGACCUUCUCCAAGGCGCACUUUCGCAAGACGUUCGCGGGCCAGCUGAUGGAGGGGAAUACGCUUUCAGAGACGGACGUGGAUGUACUUCUCACGUCCCUUUCCAGGGACAAGGGCGUCGUCCUCUACGACGGGGAGACGGUCAAGAUUAAGACACCGGGGGCGGACGAGACGGCUCUCACGGAAGAAGACGCCUCGGUCGCGCAGCUGAAGGAGCUGCUGGACUACCUCAACCACCAGACGACAGCCCUCAACAAGCGCAUCGCGGAGCUCGGCCGGUCCGCCCGGGACGCCGUCGCCAACAAGAACCGCGUGGUGGCCCUGGCGGCGCUGCGGUCCAAGAAGCUGGCCGAGUCGUCCCUCGAGAGGCGCCUGGCCACGGCGGGCCAGCUCGAGGAGGUUGCCGCCAAGAUCGAGCAGGCGUCGGACAACGUGCAGCUGGUCAAGGUGAUGGAGUCGAGCGGCGAGGCCCUGCGCUCCCUCAACGCCGCCGUGGGGGGCGCGGGCCGCGUCGAGGACGUCGUCGACCGCCUGCGGGAGCAGAUGGACCAGGCCGACGAGGUGACCAGCAUCCUCGCCGAGGGCGACGCCGCCGCCGUCGACGAGGGCGAGAUCGACCACGAGCUAGCCCUCCUAGAGGGCGAGGAGCGGCGGAAGGAGGAGGAGAAGGAGAGGGCGAGGCUGGAGGCCGAGAAGGCUCUCAAGGAGGCCGAGCAGCAGCGGGAGGCGGAGGAGACGAGGAAGCGGCUCGAGGCUAUCCAGGCGCCGAAACCUCUCCCGGAGGGCCAGGGGCAGAAGGGGGAGGUUUCGUCAGCAGAUCAGUCUCCAGAAGCGCUACUGGAGGAGGCUGCUGAAGGGCUGAGUAGGAUGUCCCUUAACGAGGCACAGCCAGCACAAGCACAGUCGGAGACCUGAUCUGGCGUUCCGAUUUACCAAGUAUAAUUAACAUGUUGGGAGUUCUAGGUGUUUUGUUGGUCUCGGCAGAGUCCACAGUCACAAGGGAUGUUAGUUCAUCAUCUGGCGUUGCUCAAUUGAUCAUG